GAAAAAAAAAGAAAAAAAGUUGAGAUUACUCUUUUCUUCUUGUUGAUUUUUCUCUCUGUUUCCAUGCUUCCAUUCACCAAUUUCUUUGCAGCAUCGUCCUGUUUCCUGGAAGUGAUUCCACCGGAGAUGAUCGUUACGGUUGAAUCGAAGAAUUUGACGGAGGAGGAGUUUGUUUACUUGUGACAUUGAUUUGAUUUUUACGAGAUCGUUUUUGUAAAUUUUGCUGUGGUUUUUGCUGAAUUGAUUUUGUUUCUUUCUGGAAAUGGAAUCUGUCAAUUUCUACGAUGUAAGAGCAGCGAAGAUGAACGCGAUUCUCAAGUAUCGACAGUUCUCUGCUAAGGAUCCGAGCAAGAAGAAUUCGGUUGCCGAUCUUUACGAGGAGUUCGUUCAAAACAGUGAGAAGAAUCAGAAAACUCGCCGCGCCGAAAUCGAGUAUCGCGUCAAACAGAUCGAUGACAGCCGCGGCAACGGCAACAGCGAUACCUCAAUCGCAAUAAAAAAAAUCGGCGAAAUCAAACAUUAUCAGAGGAGUGAAUCGGAGAAAAUAGGCGUCGUACAGCGAGAAAAUCCGCAUCGUGAACUUCGCCGAUCGGAGACGGAAAAGUGUAAGAAAAUCGUCCGAUUGAGUGAAGAAACAAGAAAUAGGCCGAGUCCGGAAGAUCGGAUGAGCAACGAAGAGUUUCGACAGACGGUGGAGGCGUUCAUAGCGCGGCAGCAGAGGUUGAGAAGGGAGGAAGAAUUCUGUGUAUUUUAGGUAUUAGCCAUAAGUAAAUCAAAUCUUCCGCAUCUCGUAAAUCCUGCAAGUGAUUACCGCUACGAGUUGAAUCUUACUUCUAAAGAGAGAAGAAGAAGAAACUGAGAACUUCUCCAUUUUAAUUUUAAUUUUACAUAUUUGAAUGAAAUCUACCACUCAUCAUCCAAAGUGUUCUUGUUGUUUAUAUAAAGCCCUAAAUCAUAUA